AUGAUUUCAGAGAAUCGUCUCAGAGAAAGUGAAAGUUAACGGGACAGACUGAGCUCAGAGCUGCUGUGACUGCUGACACUUCACCAACAGGCUCUGCAGGAAGCUCCUGACAAUGGCAGCAUUAAGAAGAAGUGAGAGUCUAGUACGGUUUCUUGAUUUUUCUGAAUCAACAACAAAACCUAUGAGACAUGCAGCUUCAUUCAUCUCAGCGUUUGACGUCAGUGAACCAAAGAUGAGACAGAUUGUAGGAGAGUUUCACAAGAUCGUUGAUGAAGUGAAAAAGAUGCAGCAGAAGACAGAUGAACAGAGAACAGCAGGAGCUUUUGUUGGAGGAGUAGGAGGAGUAGGACUCGGAGUCAUGAUCCUUGCAGCUCCAUUAACUGGGGGGCUGAGCUUAUUGGCAGCAGGAGGACUAGCUGCUGCUGUUGUUGUGGCAAAUGAAACAAAAACAAGAGAAGAGAAAGAAAGUGUACGUAAAGUUGAAGAGCUGGGGAAAGAAUUCAUGGAGAUUGUUGAAUCGCUGAAGAACAACCUGGAAGAAAUAAAGACGACGUGUGAAGAGCUGGAGAAAAGGUCAGCUGGAGGUCAGGCUGCAGACACUCUGUCAGACAUGAAGGAGUUUCAGAGGAUUCUUGGACGAGUGUCUGAGCGGAGAAGAAGGACUGGAGAAGUUUUGGUUGUGACUGUAACAGUGCUGAAGGUGAUUGGUAACAUGUUACAGCUCGUCCUAAGUGUCUUCAGAGUGACUGCGACUCCUGAAGAGGAUCAGGAGUUAAGAGACUCCAUCAGACAAUCAGCUGUUCAGUGUCAGAAGGUCAUUAAUGCGUUUGAUCAGAUGAAGAAGGAACUGUCAGUCAUAAGGGAGGAGACAAAAUCGUUGGAGCAAGUAGAAGCCGACGUGCCGUCCUCCUGAGGAAAAUGUGUGUGAGGACAAAAGGACACACUAAAGUCUGUUUCCUCUGAUCAUGUUACACUGUUAGAUCUGUGAUGACAUCAGCAGGAGGAGAGCUAGUUAGCAUUAGCUGCUAAUAGUGAAAAGGAGUCCUGGGUGAAGGUAAAUUAUAACCUCCGCAUGAUGCGUUCACUGUCAUCUUGUUAAAUGCUUUUUGUGUGUGUGUGUUCAAAUUCCAGCUGUUUGAUGUGUGGAUGUUU